GAUCAAUAACCAUAGGUAAAACUAAGUAAAACUUUUGCCAACGAGAACGAUAUGAAAAGGGAGCUUGCAUCAACAUACACCAGUUUCGUUGGGAUAGAGAUGAUGGUGCCCAAAUGGUUCAUCUUUGGCCUGAUAUGCCUGAUGACUGGAUGCACUGGUGGUAACGAGAUGUGUAAGGCAGCCAUCGGUCGGAGAGGGGCGUGUCCUCCUACUUGGAUCAAGUGGGGAGGCAAGUGCUACAAAGCUAUCAUGAAGAAAAUGACAUGGUUUGAAGCAAAAGAUGAAUGCGUCAAGAUGGGAAGUGUCUUGGUCGUACCACAGUCUGACGAGGAAACUGAAUUGCUCCUACGGCUGAUGGCACCCAGGUUUUGGAUUAAUUGCGAUGACCUUCAGGAAGAAGGUAAUUGGAUUUGUCACGAUGGCAUCGAUGAAGUUGACUACAGGAAUUGGGACGCCCUCUCACACCAACCUGAUAAGUACCAAGGACUAAACGAGCGUUGUGCUGAGGUCUACUUUCCGUCUGGGAAAUGGAAUGAUUUCACAUGUGAUGAGAACUUAACAGCAAUAUGCAAAGGUCAAACUAGCCUUUACCAUCGCUGUGCCUCUAGGCUCUUUCAGUAAUUUCAACAUGGACUGGGAGUAUACCGUCAAUAUCAAGAGCCGACAAUUUAUUGUGGAUACUUCAAUCUGAUCCUGCUGAGCAUAUGUAGACAAAAAUGUUGACAACAAGCCCUUUGGUCGAUCGUUUCUGGAAACUAACACUCCUUACUACCAUUAUAUCCUGCCCUGUUUAAGACACACUUUGUCACAAAAAGGCAGAGGAAUAAAUACUUUAAUUAGGCCUAUUGUCACAAACCUGCGAUCACAUUAACUAAAAUCAAUCUGAUAGGCCCUACAUGUAUAUUCAACCGUUCCAUUGUUCAACGUACACCGAUAAAUCAAUUACAC